AUGUCGUCGGAAAAGGGGGAUGCGCGGAAAGUGUACGUCCUUCGGGUCGCCAGUUAUCUGCUCGGACUGAACAUUGUCGAGGAGAAGUUGAAGAAUCCGGAGCCUUUGGAGGUUUUCGUCGAUUCGAACACAAAUCUUCUCGUUUUCUCUCGGUCAGAACAGGUAUUUGUCGGUAAAAAACGUGAGGGAAAUCGAAUGGAAAUCGUUUAGAAACUGGAGCUCUCUAACAAAAUGAAGUCCGCUGCUCCGGGUGGAAAUGUACUCAGAGUCGUAUUCUAUAAAACACAAUCGGUGCCGCUGAACAACGAGAACUACAAAAGUGUGGUGAAUGUGAUAUCGGCCAACGGUACAUUGAAUCAAGUCUUCUUGAAGUCGGUGCAGAACGUAAGCACUCUUAUGGAUCGGUGAGAAUUGAACAGAAUGUUGCAGGUGUUCGGAAAAGAGUUGACUGAAGGGAACAACAUGCAGUUGAUAGCAGCCGUCAACGAAUUGGAAGAGAGUCUUCUGGCGACCGUCGAGAUGGGAGGAGGUCAGUGGUCCCGAUCCUUCCGAGCCAUUCCUUUCCCUUUCAGGAGGAUCCCUUCACGAUGAAAUUCGCAGUUGGAAGAGUCAAUCCGGGAAGGCAGCAGCCGAUUACAACGAGGCUUUCAAGCAGUUGCAGGUGCUCGUAGAGACCAUGGAAGAACGGAACAUCGAAGAGCUCUCCGAACUCGUCGAGUCAUUCGAAGACACUUGCGAUGAGCUGUGGAACUGUGCGACGCCGUAUCCACAAAACAGAAUGAAGAUGCUGAUCGAAUACGGAGCAGCAUAUCUCUGCGAAACGAUUCAGUUCAAAAUCGACGACGCGUCCGUUUGGAGGGAUGAGAAGGUCUCCGAGCAAUUGAGAUCCGCCAUCGAUGUCUGCGAUCAAAUGCUGAUUGUAAUCCGAUUGUUAACCGGGCAGACGUGGAGAAGAAAUGUUGAACACACGUGGGAAGGAGAAGCCCUAGAGAUGAAGUUUCUGAACGGAUUCCGAGAGAGACUCGAUGAGAUAUUGUCGGUGAAAUCAUUGGGCGGACAGUUGGAAGAGCUGCUGCAAGAGAGGGGAGUUCGCGAGGAAACCGAGAAGUUGAUUGAGACGGCGAUGCGGGGAAUGGCUCCGUUGGCAUACAAUCCGUUCACGGAGCCGAUCUGGAAGUCCCGGUUGCUGGUGGCAGAACGGGCGAUCGAAGGAACAGUCGAUCGAACUCUGCCCCUUCUGAAACAGAGGUUGGCUCUGAAUUCGGGAGAUUCGCAGAGUGUAAGUGAAUUCAACGAUCCAAAAUGUAUAAUUUCUCAUUGCAGAUCGUUCUGAGUCUGGAGAAACUGAAGAGUUUCCUGAGUCGUUCGAACAUCAAGGAGAAGCUGCAGCACGAAAGAGAGAUGUUCCUGAAUAGACUCGUGUCGAUGCUCUCCGUGAAAAGCCAGGAGUUCAACGAAAAGUCCCUUCAAGUGGACGCGAAGAACUUUCAGUUUCUAACUGAAGUCGCAGCGCGGAUCGUGUGGAUUCGACAGCAGACGAGCCAGAUGGAGAGUAUUCGAUCGCUGAGCAAGAUGAUGUUGAACGACGUUCCCAAUUAUUCGGCCUUCGCCACCAAACUGGACGAGUUCACAGAGAAGCUACAGUACUCGGAGAAGGAGUGUUUCGAUGACUGGUGCCGAGAAACUGUCGGUUUGAUUGACAACAAGAACGAGAAUGACACUAUCAAUCUGGAGACAACGGGCAAGAUUAUGUACUUGGAGGCGUCGAAUCGAGAACUGAACGUCAAUUACUCGGACAGAUUGCUCCGAUUGUUGAAGGAAGUUCGACAAUUGAGCAGUUUGGGAUUCAACAUUCCGUCGAAGAUCCUCGCGUGCGCAAACAACGGAGAGAAGUACUAUCGGUUCGGAGUGAUUCUCAAACAGAUUGCUCACUUUUACAACACAAUCGAUCAGCAAAUGAUUCCUUCGCAGCAGGUGACACACUUUCCAUUCCCUCCCUUCCUUUACUCUAUUCCAUUUCAGUCUCUGAUGCUGGACGAAGCGAUAGCUUUCGAGAAGCUCGUGAUUCCCAGGAAGGACGCGUCGAAUAGCGCAUCGAAAGUUACUUGGAACGAGCCGAAACAACUGGAGGAGUUCAUUGUGCAACUGCAGAAUGCGGAGCAGAAGCUGUCGAAUCGGAACAGAAGACUGAGAAAUGUGCACAUGGAACUGAUAGAGAUGGUCGAGAAGUUGAUGGAUCUGAACAUUGUGAAACAGAAUAACGAGUGGAAGGAGAUAAUUCUGAAGAUCCGAUCCAAGAUGAAAGAGGAGGAGUUGGUGCACGGAGCAUCGAAGAAGAACAUCAAACCGUGGCUGAUCCACUGGGAUUUCCAAUUGUACAAGGCUCUUUUGGUUCAGUAUGAGUGGGGAAUCGAGAGCAUUCAGUCCCAGUUGACCACCAUCCCCGUCAGUUUGGUCUUCGCGUGAGUAUCGAUGCUUAUUAGGUUACUGUAGUCUGCGAUUGUUUCCAGCGAUCAGAAGAUACAAUUGAGACCGACAAUCGAAGAAAUUCGUGCAAAAUACUACAAGGAGCUCUCAAAGUUUCUUCGAAUUCCCGAUCGGUUUCGUGGAGUGCAAGAAGAGGAAAAUGUAAAUUAAGAUGCCAACUUUUAAAGUACAGUACGAUUCUACCUUUGCAGUCAUCUAAAUUCUACGCCCAAAUGAUAGAUCGGAGCAUGCAUUUGUUGCCGUCAAUUUACGAGAAAGCUGAGCAGUUAAUGGACAAAGUGAUCAAUUGCGACAGUCUUUUCGUCGUGAGUCUCUUCCUCCCCUAGUUAAUUAUUCUGAAGUCACCACAGGACUGGCUGGUCAUUUCACAAGUGGACCUGGAGGAAUUAAUCGAAGAGAAUCUGAAAACGGCGGCAGAUUGGGAGACACAAUUCAAAGUGUUGAAGGCGAAAGCGAGAGAGGCAGAGAGACUCCCGCAGUAAGUUUGAGAGCAGAAAACAUGGGAUCGGUUGAAUUUGCAGCGAACUAAAGUUCGAGUGCAUUCUGGUGAGCACGGCAGGAGUCAAGUCGGCGAUAGAGGAUGCCAUUCAAAGGUUGUACGACACGUUGACAUGGACUCUCCGGUGAGCACAGAUCAGAAAUUCUGAAUACUGAAAGAUACUCUCCAGACACUCUAUCUCAACGACAUCACAGUCCAUCAGCACUUUCUUGAACCAAGCGAUCGACGUGCUCAAUACCGUACCCCAAUCAAUUGACGAAAUCGCCGAGGCCAACGCGAAACACGUCACGUUUGCCGCCACGAACAGACAAUUGAAAGAAGGGUGGAAGGUGAUGGAGGAGCAAUUGACGCUGCUCCGAUCGGUCGCCGGAAGUGGGAUGGAGCAGAUAGACAACCUCGAGCAGACGUGGGAUCGAUUCGAUUUGAUGCUGGAUAGCCACCAGAGCAUGAUAAAGGAUCAGGUGGAAGUACUGAAGAGCAAUGUGGAAACGAAUGUGAAAGGGAUGAAGGACGAGGCGGAGAAGCUGAAGGCGCGGUGGGAUCAGUUCAAACCGAGAAGCGAUGCGCUGCAAGGAGACCGGGAGGAGAUGCUAAAGGCGAUUCAGUUCAUAAAAGAGAAAAGAGUGCAGUGGCAGCAGCUCAGCGACGGGAGGGAGAAGAUUGAGUGAGUGAAAACCAGGAGAAGUGGUUGAGAAAUGGACUAACUUCAGAAAAGAAUGCGGACAGUUUGGAUUGGAGCCUCCGAAGAUGGAUAUUAUCGAUGAGAUUGACGAGGACAUCAAACAAUUCGAAGACAAUUGGCUCAUUUAUGAAAUGUUCAACACCGAAUUGGACGCAAUGGCUCAAGAGGAAUGGAUCGUAUUCAGAAGUAAAACGUACAUUUUUGACGAAUUCCUGCAACAAUGGAUGGAAAAACUGAAGGGAAGCUCACAGACGCACAUGAGCGUGCGGCUUCUGAAGGAUGUGGAGCACUUCAAGGAAGUGAGCAGCGCUCUCAAGUUCUGUCGAGGAGACGUUCUGAGUGCGGAUCAUUGGCACGAAAUGUUCCGCUUCUUAGGAUUACCUAGGUAUUCUUUAUGAACUACAUUGGAUUUUGGAUUUUAUUCUUUCAGGGGAUCAACAAUUGAGAAGCUGAAGUUUGCCGAUUUGUUGAGUGUUUCAAAUAAUAUCAUGGAAAAUGUGGAGCAGUUGAAACAGUUGAACUCUCGUGCACAAGGAGAGGUGGCCAUCAGAGACGCCAUCCAGGAACUGACCCUUUGGGCGGCACAAACUGAAUUCACCCUCGUGGACUACAAACAUUCGAACGGUCAGAAUCUGAAAAUAAUCAAAGAAUGGAAGGAAUCCAUCAAUUCGGUAAGAGUUUUGAACAUUCCUCGAUUACAGUAUUCUGUUUCAGCUGAAAGACAGUCAGGCUUUGCUGCAAUCUCUCAAAUCCUCUCCUUACUAUUCUCAAUUCUCCGAUAAAACUGCAGUUUGGGAGACGCGGCUCGCCGAUUUGGAUGUCUUUCUGGCGCAAAUGAAUGAGAUCCAACGCAAGUGGAUCUACUUGGAGCCGAUUUUCGGAAGGGGUGCGCUGCCCUCGGAAGCUCCUCGAUUCUCUCGGGUCGAUUCCGAGUACAGGGCGAUUCUGAACGGUGAGAAUGGAGUUGAGUAGUUUUGAAAUAAAUGUGAAUUCUCAUCAGAUGUGUCAAAGGAUGCUCGAUUGGUUUCUCUGUGCAGCAGACAGUCUUUGAGGAAAUCACUCGAGCAGAUCGUAGAUCAAUUGAACCGAUGCCAGAAGGCGUUGAAUCAGUUUCUAGAGCAGAAAAGAACAGCCUUCCCUCGUUUCUACUUCAUUGGUGACGACGAUCUUUUGGAAAUCCUGGGACAAUCUACUAACCCGCAAGUAAUCCAAUCGCACAUGAAGAAGCUGUUCCAGGGGAUCAAUCGAGUCGUCUUCUCGUCCACCGGAGAGACUAUCAUCUCGAUGGUUUCCGCCGAGGGAGAGACUGUUUCCCUCUCGAAAGCGGUCAGGAUUGUCCCUCAGGUCGAGACGUGGCUGCAACAGUUGUCGGAUGAAAUGCGAAAGACUCUGAGGGAACUGGCGGCUCAGGCUGUCUCCGAUCCUCAGGCAUCUCUCGCAAAGUACCCAUCGCAGGUGCUUUGUCUGGCAGAAGAGGUCAAAUUCACCAUCUCUGUCGAAUCGGUUUUGAAUGGAUCCAGUACCCUGAACUCGUUGAAAUCUCAACUUGUGGAUAAGCUGAAGACGUACACAAACAUGAAAGUGGAGGACAAAGUGGCCGAUUUGAAGCUGAAGUCGUUGAUUCUCGAUCUGAUUCAUCACAUUGACGUCGUCGAUCAGUUGACGGCGAACAAGGCGAACUCGGUGUCCUGUUGGACGUGGCAACGGCAGCUCCGAUUCUAUCUCGUCAACGGAGGAAUCGUGCUUCGACAGGUGUCUAGCGAGUUCGAGUACACCUACGAGUACCAGGGAAACUAUGCGAAACUGGUGCAUACGCCACUCACCGACAAGUGCUAUCUCACGUUGACGCAAGGUAAGAGAAAAGGAAGAAGAAGAGACAAGUCUAUCGGGACUUUUUCAGCCAUGUACAUGGGAUUGGGAGGCAAUCCGUACGGACCGGCAGGAACCGGAAAGACAGAGUCCGUGAAGGCGUUGGCCGCUCUCAUGGGACGACAAGUGCUCGUCUUCAACUGUGACGAAGGAAUAGAUGUCACUUCGAUGGGAAGAAUAUUCACGGGAAUCGUAGAGUGCGGAGCAUGGGGAUGUUUCGAUGAGUUCAACCGAUUGGAUUCCGUAGGGGGAUACGCUUCGGAAUAAUUACUGAACAACUGUGAUUUCAGACUGUACUCUCGGCGGUUUCAAUGCAGAUUCAGACAAUUCAAGGGGCAAUCAAGUCUCGGGCCGGUUCCUGCGCAUUCGGAGGAAAAACGGUAUGUUUGAAAGGCCUCCUCUAUUACAAAGCCAGCAUUUCAGGUGCAAGUGAACCCGAACAGUGCCAUAUUCGUUACCCUUAAUCCCGCCGGAAAGGGGUACGGAGGACGGCAGAAGAUGCCGGAUAACCUGAAGCAGCUGUUCCGAGCAGUCGUCAUGGGCCGUCCCGACAACGAACUCAUCGCUUCCACCAUCCUUUAUUCGGAAGGAUUCGUGGACGCGACUGCCCUCGCUCGCAAAAUCGUUUCCGUCUUCCAACUCAGUCGUCAGAUGCUCUCCAAACAGCAACACUAUGAUUGGGGACUCCGAGCUCUGAAAGUGGUACUAGGCGGAUGCGGAGCUCUUCGCAGAGCACAGCCAAACAAAGGGGAAACUGAAUUGGUCGUGCAGGCUCUUCUGCUGAACACACUUUCCAAACUGACAUUCUCCGAUUCGGAGCGCUUCAACUCACUUAUCGAUGACAUAUUUUCGAAUGCGGAUAAGGAAAUGACAAAGUUCGUUGAGCUGGUGGAACCAUUGGGAGCAGCGGCAAACGAUAUGGGCAUCCAUUUGGGAGAGAAGCAGAUGGAGAAGGUAUUUCAGCUGUACGAGCAAAUGAGACAAAGGAUUGGGGUGGUGGUGGUCGGAGCAGCUGGAAGCGGCAAGUCGACGAUUUGGAAGGUGCUGCAGAGAGCACUCAUCCUCUCGAAAACCUCAUUGAAAGUGACACAAUUUAAUCCGAAAGGAGUGAACAGAAACAAACUGCUCGGAAAUAUGGACAUGGACACGAGGGAAUGGUCGGACGGAAUCAUCACGAUGGCCGCGAGAGAAGUGAUCAAGGAUUCGUCCGUACAUCACUGGAUCGUCUGUGAUGGAGACAUUGAUCCCGAGUGGGUGGAAGCACUAAAUUCGGUGCUCGACGACAACAGAUUGGUACGUUUCGCAAAGUUUCAAAGUACUCAUUUGUGCUUUAUUCAGCUGACAAUGCCAUCUGGAGAGCGAAUCCAGUUCGGUUCGAAUGUUAACUUUCUAUUCGAAACGGACUCUCUUCAGUUUGCAUCUCCUGCGACAGUAUCCCGAAUGGGAAUGAUUUAUAUAAGGUGAUAGAUAGAUGCUUUUGGAUCAUAAUAUUCACUUGAAUGUUUCAGUGAAGAAGAUGUGACUCCGAAAGAAAUUGUAGCAAGUUGGAUGACCAAGAAUGCAGAAGAUCUUCACGAACAGAUGAACUCUUGGGUUGAAGAGCAUUUCUGGAAGUGCUACAGAUGGGUACGAGCCAAUCAAAUACCUGGAAUCACCAACUUUGCACUCCUCAAAAACGGCCUGACUCACUUGAAAGCGAGCAAAACGAGUGUGCACUUCUGCGUGCUUCUUUUCAACGGAUUCGUUCCCUAUGUGCUCCCGGAGAAACGGAUCGAGUUUGCGAAAGGAGUCGCUUUCAGCGGAAUGGCUCUUCCUGACGCGACGAACGUUUGCUACUCCGAGCGGAUCGAUGGAAUCCAGACGUACGCGGACGACGUGUCACAAUCAGUGAGCAAGGAAGAAGUGGAGAGGGAGGACUUGCGGCCAUUCGUGCUCACGGCCGACGCACAGAGAUAUUCUGACAUUGUAAUCGAGUGAAGAAACAUUGGUUGAUGUGCAAGACAUGGUUUACAGAUCGCUUCGUGGUUCCGUCCGGAGAACCGUGAGAGUUUUCUCAUCACGGGCACAAGUGGGUGCGGUAAGCAACAGCUUCUGAAGCAUUGUUUCCGGAACGACCCGGACAGUCAACUGGCCACGCUCUACUGCUCCGCCCAAUCCAGUUCUUCUCAUUUGCUCUCGCUGAUUCAGCAGAACUGUGUUCAGGCUAGCAACCCAACUGGAAGGGUUUGGAGGCCGAAGGACCGCCCGAAUAUGAUUCUCUUUUUGAAAGGAAUCAAUUUGCCCGCUCCCGACAAGGUGAGAUAAUCCAUUAGCUCUUUUGCAAUCUGUUAUCUUUAGUAUGGUACGAAUGAGUUACUCGCUCUGCUCCAGCAAUUGCUCACUUAUCAGGGAUUCUUCGACCACAACCUCGAGUGGGUUUCCAUCGAAAACAUUCAAUUCGUCGGUUCGAUGAACCCCCUCGGCGACGGUUCCACUUCCAUUCCCAACCGACUGCUCUCUCUCCUCCGAUGCGUCAGUCUGAACACAACCGACACUUCGCAGCUCACCUCCAUAUACCGUACCUAUCUGACUCCGAUCCUUGAAGAAGCGGGAGAACGCAAUUCGGAGGUGGUUGCCAGUCGGAUGGUCGACAUCUACAACAAGGUUCAGACGAACUUCCGCCCCUCGGAUAACAUUAUCUUCUCUUUCUCUCCACGAGACCUCACCAAUUGGACAGUUGCAAUUCUUCGCCAUCAACUCGACGCCGGCCAGUUGGAUUCUGCGAUUAGUUUCGAAGCGAAGAGGAUAUUCGCAGACAGAUUGCCAACUGAAAAUGACAAAAACACGUUUGAUGAGAUACUUCGGAAUGCGAUUCCACUCUCCCAAUCCAACGGUAUCACUGCUACAGCAACGGUGCACAGCGAAAUAAACAUUUCAGAUAAAGUGUUCGUGACGACUGGCUCCAUUGUUCCUGGUGAGAGCAACACGGGACUGCCGCUCACCUCUAUCAACAUGUCCGAUUUCACUCAACUCCUCUCCAAAUCCAUCAACCGAUUCAGUACGUUCCGACCCCACAAACUAACCAAAAUAGCAUUAUGUUCAGCAUUCGAAGUGGCCAAUUUCAAUUCUCCGCUUACCAGUCAACUCGCGUUCUUCUGCGCGUGCAUCGAUCGAGUGCUCACUUGCCCGGACGGCCACCUCUUUCUUCCCGGACGCACUGGAUUCGGACGAAGAGACGCCGUCCGACUCAUCGCUCACAUGCACAAUAUUACAGUUUUCUCUCCCGCCGUCACUGCCAACUUCACCGCGAAACAGUUUGACAACGAACUGAAAGCUGUAAGAAUAUGCAGAGAUUAUCAUUAGACCAUUGUGGACAUUGUUCAGGCGUUGACUCAUGCCGUGACGAACAACGAGCACGUCGUUCUGAUUCUGGAAGACCAUCAAGUGAGGAAGAAUACAUUCCUGCAAGCCAUCAAUUCCCUUCUGGCCAGCGGGCACGUUCCCGGUCUCUUCACCCAACAGGAACUCGAUGGACUCGUCGCUCUCGUUUCCGAAGCCGCCAAUCAGGCAUCGUUUACGGGAGCUCUUCAACAGUUUUUGGCUCACAGUUUGUUUCCUGUUCUCAUCAAAUCAAAUCAAUGUUUUGUUCCAGGAAUCAGAAGUCUCGUUCAUGUUGCUCUGAUUCUCGAGGUCGAAGCGAGCGAUUUCAAAUUGAAUAUCACGGAGAAUCCAGCCAUUCUGAAGCAUUGCAAUGUGAUCUUUGCUGACAGAUUCGAUCGGAAUAGCGUUUUGGAAGUGAGAAAACUUAUCAUGAUUCCUAUUGCUAUUCUCCUUUUUCCUCAUCAGAUUCCCAAAAUACUUCUGGAGGAGAAGGGAGUGAAAACGAGCGAUGCGGUGCUUUCCGGAUUCAGUGACGUGCUCGUGAACCUGCCCGAUCAUCUGUCCAUUCAGCCGAUCAAGUUCCGACAGUUUGUGGAGAACUUCUCACAACUUCUCGGAUACAAACGGUCCACGCUUUCCGUAAGGCUGGAAAGACUUCAAGUAAACUGUUAAAUAAUCAUAAAUGUAAUUAAUUAUCUGAUUGACUAGGGUGGUGUUUCGAAGCUGAACGAAGCCAAGGAGGAGGUGGCUAAGAUGCAGAAGAAGGCGGGAAAGAAGAGCAAAUUGCUGGCGGAGAAGCAGGCAGAAGCCGACGAAGCAUUGAAAGCGAUCACUGAGAGUAUGAGUGUGAGUGAUGAGAAUGAGAAGGAAACGAUUUGAGAGAAGACGUUCAGGGAGCCGAGGAUCAGAAGGUAUCGAUGGAACAGCUGAAGGCGGAAACGGAAAAGGAAAAUGUUCGGAUCGAGGAGCAAAAAGCGAAAAUAGACGCGCAAUUGAAAGAGGUGCAGCCGUUGAUCGACGAAGCACGGAGGGCAGUCGGCUCAAUCAAAUCGGAGUCGUUGAGUGAGAUCAGAAGUCUGCGUGCUCCACCAGAAGCCGUCCGGGAUAUUCUGCAAGCAGUUCUGCUCUUUAUGGGUAUACUUGACACAUCGUGGGAAGCUAUGAGAAAGUGAGAAAACUAUUCAGAUUGUGAAAUAAUUGAGAUUCAGAUUCCUCUCAAAAGGUGGAGUAAAGGAAGACAUAAUGAACUUUGACGCGAAUCGAAUAACAAAUGACAUUCAUAAAAAAGUGACGGCGCUGGUCAAACAGAAGUCGAAUUCCUUUGAAGAAGCGGUGAGAGUCUGAAGGCGAGACCAUCUUUUAAAUCCACCGAUUGUAGAAUGCAAAGAGAGCGUCUGCUGCAGCUGCCCCGUUGGCAGCUUGGGUCAAAGCGAAUCUGGAAUAUUCGAAAAUUCUGGAAAAGAUUUCUCCGUUGGAAGGAGAGAAGAACAAACUGAUCAAGUGAGAAUACGCGCGCUCGAGCACAGACAGACAACUUUGCUUUCAGGAAUCUGAAAAAGGCGGAAAAGCAAAUGGAAAAUCUAUCGAAAGGGCUACAAAGUGUGGAUGAAGUCGUCGGGGAACUGAAGAGAAAGUUCGAGGUUCUGAUGAAGGAAGCGACACAAAUCAAAGUGGAUCUGGACAGGGAACAGGAAACGAUUCGGAUUGCGGGCACUCUCGUGGAGAGCCUUUCCGGAGAGUUCGAGAGAUGGAAAGUGCAGAUUGAAUCAUUGAGAGAAGAACAGUCAAAGGUAGAUCAAGACGAGUAGAGUAAGAACGGAAAAGGGUUUUCAGAUGGAACUGUGCUCUCUUGUCACCUCUGCAUUCGUUACCUAUUUGGGAGGAUGCAGUGAAAAGGACAGAAAGGCCCUUCUGAAAGCAAUGUGCAAGAUGUUCAACAUGCCCAAUUUCAAGCCCCUUUCGUUCGCUUCUCUGGAGACGGAGCAGUUGAACUGGAAGACAAAGGGCUUGCCGGCCGAUCAGCUGUCCCUCGAGAACGGAAUGAUCAUGUUCAACAAUGCCCACGUUUCUCUGAUCAUCGAUCCUUCCGGUCAAGUUUCCGCGUUUCUGAGCAAGUUCCUCGACAAGUCGGAAACUUUGAAAGCGGCUCAAGCGGAUCUGAUGACCCAGAUUGAGUUGGCCAUCCGAUUCGGCAAGACUAUCAUCGUUGACGACGUGGUCGAGUUUGAUUCGGCGCUAAUUCCGAUUCUGAGACGAGAUCUUUCUUCUCAAGGACCACGACAAGUUAUCAGUUUCGGAGGAAAACAGAUCGAUUUCAAUCCAGACUUCCGCAUAUUCAUCUGCACGCGCGAUGACAAAGUGCAAAUCCGUCCGAAUGCGGCGAAUCAGCUGAACAUCGUCAAUUUCACCACCACAAUCAGCGCUCUCUCUGCACAACUUCUCGACGUGGCCAUUCAUUUGGAGAAACCGGAACUCGAGGAACGGUCCAGUAGCCUUUUGAGAGAUGCAGAAUUGAAGAAAUUGGAACUGGAAGAGCUCGAGCAACUGCUGCUCCAACAACUCGCUUCUUCUCAGGGAAACCUUUUGGAGAAUACCGCACUGCUGGAUUCGUUGAACAAAUCGAAAGAGAACGCGGAAAUCAUAAGCAAGAGCAUUGCGGAAAGCGAGCAGCUGCACAAAGAACUGACUACGGUAGAUGAGCAACUGAUUCGCCUUCUUAACUUGAACGUUUGUGGUUUCAGCAAAAAGAGAUCUACGUGCCGUUGAGUCUGUUCACUUCCAGCCUAUUUUUCUCAUUCUCAAAUCUACAGUACUACAAUCCAAUGUACAAUUACAGUGUGAAUACUAUCAUGAGACUAUUCGAGAAGACUAUCAAGUCCUGUGAAGUAGGCCCUCCCUCCCUCCUUCCAUUUCCAUUCCAUUUCCAUUCCAACUUCUUCCAGGACAAGUCGUCGACUCGCGUGGAGACUCUCGCCCGUCAGAUGCAACUGACAGUCUUCUUCCACGUUUCCAGAGGCAUCUUCCGCCAGGAUCGGCUCAUGUUCGCAGUCGCUUUCAUCAAUGCGACAAUGCCGAAAAUGUUCCAACCGAAAGAGUGGGAACUCUUCACCGGAGUGCUCGUCGACGAAUCCGCGGAUCCGAGCGGCAUCCGCGUGUCCUGGCUCUCUCCGGAACGGCUUCCGGCUCUCGUUCGCAUCCGCACUCAUCUUCCGAGUCUCUUCAACAACCUCCAGAUUCAUGACGAUGCCACGUGGAAUGAGUUUUCGAAGACCAUGCAAUGCGAAAACGCGUUCCCGAAGAAUGUGGAAGUAAAAUUGACACAUUUCCAGCAGGUUCUCUUCAUUCAAGCGGCGAAACCAGACAGACUUUACAAUUGUCUCAUGGGCUUUGUGCUCAAAACUCUAAGUGAGCAACCUUCUGUUUCAUUCGAACUCAUUCUAAUAUUCAGACAUUCCUUCCAUCAAUCCUCCUGCUUUCGAGCUCAAACACAUAUUCGCAGAGAGCGAGGCCAGUGAGCCUGUUCUGUUCAUUCUUGCGGACGGAGCAGAUCCUUCGCAAGAGCUCGCCGAGCUGGCCGCCGCUGUUAACGUUCCUUACCAUUCGAUUUCGAUGGGACAAGGACAGGAAGUGGUUGCGUACGAGGCAAUAAGGGACUGUGCUUCGAAGGGAGAAUGGCUCUGCCUCAACAAUUUGCAUCUGAUGCUCACCGCCGUUCCUUCCAUCUUCAAGGUUUGCUCCUUCACUCUCUUUCUCUCUAUUCUCUCAUUUCAGCAUCUAUCCUUGACCACUCCACACGAGAACUUCCGUCUGUGGCUGACCACUGAAGCGGACGCCCGAUUCCCGUCCAUGAUGCUGCAACAAUCGCUCAAGAUCACGUUCGAGCCUCCUCCGGGAGUCCGGAACAAUCUUCUCCGAACCUAUACUCAAAUAGACCGAAAGUCCAGAAACAUCGUGACGUGCCAGUCGAUAUUCGUUCUCGCUUGGCUCCACGCUCUUCUGCAGGAGAGAAGAACGUUCAUUCCGCAAGGAUGGACAAAGUUCUACGAGUUCGGAGCGAGCGACGUUCGAGUGGCACGUGCAUUUGUGGAGCAGUUGACAGCCUCGAGUAGGGGGGAAUGAACAGGCGCUAAUCAAAGAAUAACAUUCUCAGAUGCCGAUUGGGAAUUCGUCCGCGGAAUUCUGAAAUUCGUGAUCUACGGAGGACGCAUCGAGAACGAUUUCGACGCGAAAGUGCUCGAUUCGUAUCUGAAUAUUCUGUUCUGUGAUGAGAAAAUAAACGGAAAAGCGGGACAGCAUUUGGUGAAAGGCAUCGAGAUCCCGGCGAGUGGAAAUGUUGAGGUGAGGAAGAGUUUAUUGUUGGGAAGGGCAACUCUGAUGACAGGAAUACGUGGCACACAUCUCGAAAAGCGUCCCUUCAGUCGAUGAGCCAUUCCUGUUUGGACUGCCCGAAAAUAUCAAGUACUCGUGGCAGAUCGUCGAAGCGGAGAGGACGAUUUCUUCGAUCAGAACACUUGGUGAGCCGCAGGUUUCUACAUACUUUCGCAUUACUCAAUCUUUUUCCAGCUCUUGGUGACACGAAGAACGCGCUCUCCGACUCGUCGGAAACGGUGAACCAGAUCCUGUCCCUCUGGAAAAAGCUGUGCCAAUCGGACGAUCUUCCGAAAAGGCAGCUGCCCACGGCCGCUGCUUCUACCGAUCCGAUUGCCGAAGUGCUGUGUCUUGAGACGAUCAACGCUCUCAAUCUGAUCAAAUUUGUUCAUCGGAGCAUUGCCCUCGUGGCCCGUUCGUUGAAAAACCCCUCGCUCGCGGCACCGUCUACCCAGAAAACUAUCCAGUCGCUGAUCUUCCAGCAGACUCCGGAUGAAUGGGAUUCUGCGUGGGCGGGGCCUUCCGAUCCAGCAGAAUACCUCAACGCGUUGGUCAAGAAGACACGUGGCACUAUGCAGGUUGGCCCCUUUCUUCCUCUUCCCUCUCAUUGCCCCCACUUUCAGCUGCUCGAGUCCUCCAAGUCCUCCUCCUCCUCGUUCCUUUCCUCUCCGAUCGACUUCUCCGAUCUGUUCUACCCGAACAUCUUUCUGAAUGCCCUCCGUCAGACGACGUCCCGUCUCCUCCGGAUUCCCCUCGACCAAUUGAGCCUCUCUUCCGCGUGGACCCCCUCCCAAUUGCCCGCCAAACAGUGCGUUCAAGUGCAGGGACUGCUCCUCCAGGGAGCCACAUUCGACUCUUUCCUCCGCGAAACUACCGUAUCCAGCGCCGCCCACGCUCAGGCGCCACUACUUUAUCUGGCCUGGACGGCCGAGAACUCAUCGACAGUCAGCGGGGAACAGAUCCAAGUGCCGUUGUACAAUUCGAGCGACCGUUCCGACCUAAUCAGCCCGGUGAAUAUGCCUUGUCGCGGCGCCGACAAUUGGAACAUUGCAGCUGUCGCUCUGUUUUUGAAAUAA